CUGGCCUUUAAAUAUGAGCUUGGAUCGGACCGUAGAAUUGUUGAAACAGAAGAGAUAUUAGGCAUGAGGAUGUGGAGAGAGAGAUCAUUGAUAGUUUUGGUGUUUCUACUCCACCAAAUUGAUGGAGGAGAUGGUUGCUCCCCCUCUUCCUGUGGCAAAAUCACCAACAUAUCUUAUCCAUUCCGAUUGAAAGGAGACCCAAAAGUGUGCGGUCGGUAUGAGUUAUCUUGUGAAAACAAUAUAACGGUGUUAUCUCUGUUCUCUGGAACAUUUCGUGUGGAGGCUAUCAACUACAAUAAUUUCACAAUCCGAGUGGCGGAUCCUGGACUUCAACCCACAAACUGCUCCUCCCUUCCUCGCUAUUUCUUGUCUCCCACCAAUUUCACUUAUUCUCACACCAAUUUCACUGAUUUUGACUACGCCUUGAGUCCCCCCUACCUUAGUUGGUACCGUGAUUGGGAUAGUGAUAAGUUUUUGUACGAGUAUAUAGUGUUUUUGAAUUGUAGUCAUGGAGUGAGAGGGAACCCUAAGUAUGUGAGUGCUGGUGGAUGCGUGAAUUGGGAGUCCAAGGGUUACAUGUACGCUUUUGCUGGUUACCUAUCAGCAGAGGACUUAGAAGUUGGUUGUGAUGUAAAGCUGGUUGCUCCCACAUCUUGGUGGGGUUUGGACACAAAUGAAUAUUCCUAUGCCACCAUCCACACAGCGCUACUUUAUGGAUUUCAGCUUUCAUGGAUUCCUCUCGCCUGUCAUGAUCAUUGUUCAGCUCCUUUUGACUGCUAUUUCAGUAUGAACCAGAGGCUUGAAUGCGACGGUGAAGUUCUUCCAAGGUUCAAUGCUCAGAAUCAAGGUAUGACGUAAAGGCUUUCUGGUUUUAGUUUUAAUUAAAUUUCAAAUUUCG